GUGACAUGUAAACAGAACUUGCGGUUAGAGGUGUCUUUAUGUCAAGAUAGUACCAUCAGUUGGACUGACUUGGCGCCCAAGAAAAAAAUUACUUGUUUUUAUUAUUAUUGAGUUCUUUUAGCAAGUUAGAACGGAAUAUAGCUAUUCCUGUCGUAUGCACUGUAGUCAGGUAAUGUCAGCAACAGCGGAUAAAAAGGUAGCGCUAGCUCGCACUAAGGUUAGCGUUAGCUUAUGACUAAUGACAAAGCGCCUGAGACUGGCUUGUUAACCAACCAGCUCGUCAACGCCGAUAAGUUGCUAUUUAAUUACCAUUUAACGCUACCUAGAAGGGUCUAUGUAGUUUAUAGCAAUAGUUUAUUAAUUUGAUAGUAUUGGCAAAAUUGAUGAUGGUUUCCACUUACUAUCCAACAUAACUAGCUAGACAGGCGGAGUUAGCUUAAGUAAGGUAGUAGGCCAUCAGCUGAGAUAAGACAGCCAAGUAGCCUUUUCUGAGGAAAAUACAAAAGACAUUCCUCUAAUUUGACGAAGUUUCAACAUAUGUUGACUGAAAACAGGAAACGGCAGCACAGUGGUGGUGAUGAGGACAGUGGCCACCUGGUGCCCCAUGCCAAAAGGCAAAGCAGAGCUCAUCCUCUCUCUCCUGAGCCAGGACGGGAUGCUUGGGACUCUGAGUCAUCCAACAGUGAGAGCAGCAGCAGCAUCAGCAGUCCAGAACAUGCGGCUGGGAGUCAGUGUUUUGUGGGCCCUUGCAGUCCUCUCAUCUCGGGCAACUCUUCAGAGCUGGUUGGCCCAACAAACCAAGUGUCAUACCUGCAGAUCAACCGCAUCCUUAGAGAGGCCCACUUCCAGAGCCUGCACAACCGAGGACAGCUCAGAGACACUUGAUGACACGAUGUCCCUCUGUCAGCCACCAGAGGACCGAUGAUAUAUGUCAGCAUCACAUGCUGAAUCACUUCACUCAGCUCUCUUCCCCACCUAUCUAAAGUUGGUGUGGCAUACGACCGUUACACAGAUCUGUGAGUGGAGGCCAACUUCUGAUCAGGUAUAUGGGGGUGGUUCAUUUUUCAGAUAAAUCAGUGAUUUUCAGUUGAGCAAUAAUAACUGUGAUCAGCUCAAAACAUUCUUUGAACUGCUUUUUUUUUUUUUUUUUUUUGUGACCAGUCUAGUUUACUUGCUGCUCUGAGAGCCUUUUUGUGACUGACUGAUGGUGAAUCCUUGUGUUUUGUCUUAAAUGUUGUAUGAAAACAUCAGAGCUGCCAAAAUGACCCCAAACAUAAUUUUAGUCUGGUCAUUGUGACUUGUUAAAUCUUACAGUGAGGUACUUUGUUUGCAUAAUGCUGAACUGGAUAUAUGUAAGUAUGUGGAUCAGUCUCAGGGAGCAUGUGCACUUGUCUUAGACGGCUCAUUUGCUUUCAUUUGCAGACAGAAUUCUCUACAAGAGGUUGUAUAAACCAUGGUCAUGAACUUAGCAAAGGGGGUCACCCUUACUUAGCUAAGAAUAUUUAAAAAUUGUUGUCACAUAAAUUUUUAGAUAUAGAGAAAUUAGCCCAUAGAACACAGGAUUUGGUUUUAGGGUGGGUUUUUCAAAGAUUUUACAACAUUCCCAAAACUAUACAUUUUUUUUUAUUACAUUAGCCAUUUUUUUUUUAUCAGCAAUUACACCUAUUUGGGUUGAACAAAUCCUGCUUGCAUACUCUGUAUUAAGCUAGUAGAAAGGGCAUUAAGAUGCACAUCUGGUUCCAGAUUCAGAUAAAACAAUAUUUACACAUACUGGAUUAUUAGAAUAUUGUUCAGUCUUGUUGCUUUCUUUGGUUAAUUUGUUUGUUUUAUUGGUUAGUUUUUUUUCUUCUGGUCAGAA